AGGUAAAUUGUGCCUCAUUGGUGGCCCAUCUCAGGUUUCUCUUUGAUACUUGUUAUAAGUUCUCUUGUGAUAAAAAUAGAUACACAAUGUAAAAAAAUACGAAGAAAAAGAUAUAGCAAUUUUCGAAUUUGUACAAAGCGCAAAAACGAAAAAAUCAAUAGAGAUUAUAUAGAAAAUAAAAGGAAUGAAAGAUGACGGAUAAGGAAAUAGCUCGUAUUCCUUUUUCUCAGGAACAAACCAAACAAACACGUCUCAGUAUCGAAGAUCGUGUUAAAAUUGUAGAACGACUUGAUAAUGGAGAAAAGGGCAGUGAUCUAGCACGGGAAUACAAGAUAUCCAGGUCGGCAAUAACAUUUAUAAAGAAAUCCAAGGAAUAUCUGAUAAAACAAAGAAGUGCACUUAUUAUGUGCCAAGGACAAACAUCCAAGAAAAGAUGCACUGGUGUUGAAAAUAGUCCUCUCGAGCAAGCUCUAUAUGAAUGGUUUCUACAAAAGAAAAGUAUAGGAGAACCUGUUACAGGAACAAUGUUGCAAGAGAAGGCAAUUGAGUUGAAUAAAAUGCUUAACGGUGCCAGUAAUUUUAAAGGCACCAAUGGUUUCAUAUCCAAAUUUAAAAAAAGGCAUAGUAUUGGAUCUUCAACAGUUCAUGGGGAAAGAGCUUCUGCAAAUAAAAAUGCGAGUACUUUUUGUCGAGAAUUUAUAAAAUACAUUAUGGACAAUAAAAUACCAUUGGAUAAAGUUUAUAAUGUCAAAGAAACUGUACUCUAUUGGAAAACAAUGCCAAAUAAAACUCUUAUCAGCAGUGAACAUGAAGCGCCUGAUAGAGAAUCGGACAAAAACAAAGUCACAUUGAUGGUAUGCACAAAUGCAACAGGAAGUCACAAAUUGCCUAUGUUGAUUGUUGGAGAAACAUAUAACUGUUUAGAGAACGUAAGAUCAUCGUCAAUUAUUUAUAUAAGACAGAGCAAUGCAUGCAUAGAUAAACAGUUGAUGUUGACAUGGUAUCAAGAAAUUUUCCUACCAGAAAUUGAAGCAGUUCAUAACUCCAAUACCGAACAAUGUUUUCUUCUACUCAAUGAUGUUUCCAAUUAUCCUUCGGUAGAAGAACUUAACUCAAUCAGUGAACGAUGUCAAGUAAUUUGUCUACCAUCUGAUACGACUUCACUUAUACCUAUGGAUCAAGGAGUUAUUGAAAAACUGAAGAAGAUAUACAGAAAACAUUUUUUAAGAGUAAUACUUGCAGCAGAAACUGCAGAAGAUGUCCAGAAAUUGUUGAAAUCUCUUGACAUACUUAAAUGCUGUCAUUUAAUAAGUGAUGCUUGGGACGAAGUGACGGAAAUUAUCAUAAGAGAUAGCUGGAAGAAUAUCUUUCCUUUAUGCCUAGAAGAACUACUUGAUUCACGAUUAUUUUUGAAUAUGGUAAAUAAAAUUCCUGAAUAUGACAAUAUCACAUUAGAAGAUAUUAAUUUAUGGUUAAACAGUGACAACAAUAAACAAGAAUGCCAAGUAUUAAAUCAAGAAGUGUUAGAUCAAGAACUGGAGUUCCCAGAACAUCAUGAAAAUGAUGAAGUUGACCAAGAAAUAAACCAAGAGAAUGAAGAGGAGGAAGAAAACAAGGAAUAUUUAAAUUACAAUGACUCUACAAAUGAUGUUACAUCAAAAAGUGCUCUCGAUGCGAUUAUUACAUUCUUAUUCUGGUAUCAAACUCAAAAUCAAUGUUCUCUUCAAGAUCGUCAAUAUAUACGAAAAUUCUGGAAACGUGCAAUGGACGAGAUACUUCCAAAGGAUAAUUAAUAAAUAAUAUAAUAUAUAUAAAAUCUUAUACAUUAAAAUACCCACUUAUUAAAGUUUGUUCUAUCAUAAUAAAUUACAUUUUUAU